CAUUACUUAUAAUUACCUUGCAAACUCUCAAAAGGUCCCUGGUCAUGAAGUCGUCAACAAUUUUGUUUACCUUGCUAGUGCUUAUGGCCUUGGCCAACAUUCAAUCAGCAACACCAAUGGUUAAACAAUCCCAUGUUAGCAUAGAAAAACAUAGCACCAAUGACCUUCCCUUGCAAGGAGAUGAGGAACAACCACAUCUCCGUAGAAGUGGUCGUUUCCUAGCCAGUAAAGUGACCAUGACAUGUGACAAGUACCCCCAUAUUUGUCGUGCCAAAGGAAGUGCUGGGCCUGACUGCUGCAGAAAACAGUGUGUUAAUGUGAUGACCGACAAGCUUAAUUGUGGUAAGUGUGGCAAAAAAUGCAAGUAUUCAGAGAUGUGUUGUCAAGGGAAGUGUGUUAACCCUUCUGUUGAUGAGAAACACUGUGGCAAGUGUAACCAAAAGUGCAAAAAGGGAAGCUCCUGCUUGUAUGGAUUGUGUAGCUAUGCUAAUUAAUUAGAUUUUGCAUGAGAAAUGGAAUUCAAGAACCACCUUUAGCAACAUCAGGUGGGUUAGUCAUGUCAUGCAUGGUCAAUAGGAUUGUGCUGUGUGUUACCAAUAAAGGCAAGCAAUCGAUUUCGGGUGAGCUAGCUUUUGCCUAGAUUUUA